UAGGCCUAAGCUUUUUUGUAAAACCUCUUCGGCCUUUCACUCUUGUUAUUUGGAAAGGACAUACUAUCCCAAAUCUUCUCGGUUAGCAGUUGCUCUCCUCCAUUGCCGAAUAGCUAAACUCCAUUCCCCUUAACCUCACUAAAACCCUAAACCCUUUGAAGCAAACCUCCCCCCAUGGCUUCAAUCAACUUCAAUCCCUUCGAAAGUUGGUUCAGGAAACCUCAAAACCCAAUCCAACCCAUCAACCUUCUCUCACUCGCCCACUCAUUCCGCUCCAAAACAUUCUCUUCCUCUCCCAAUUUCGCUUCUAUAAACUUCUCCAGCCCCUUCAACAAAAAACCCAAGAAAUCCGACUCGGAUUCCGACACAACCGGACCGUACAAGCAGAUGCUGGACCAGUUCUUUUGGGAAUGCGAGAACCUCCCUGAUUACAGGCACACUCCGGAGGUCGAAAAGAUUUUGGAUGAGGACCCCGUUUUCGAGAAGAAAGAGAAUCCAACAGAAGAGGAAAUUAAAGAGAAUGAAAAAUGGUGGCGUGAUUUCAGGGCAAGUCCCGUGGUUCAGUUUUUGGCUAGAGCUGAGGAAAUUGCUGACGAGAUCAAUAGAACGGAGCUUAAAGAAAAUGAAGAGCCGUUCAGGAAGGAAGAUAAGAAACUGUGGCAAGCGCUUCCACAUGUGAUUGGGUUGGAUGGGAGGCCUAUGCCUAGAAAAGCUAUCAAGACCAGAGAAGAGAGCGAUGAUAAGUUUUGGGAUUUCACGAAACAGUUCUUUUUUGGGCUUUGGGGGUUCCGCCAGAGACCUUAUCCACCUGGUAAACCCAUUGAUGUUGCUCAAGCUAUUGGGUAUAAGCGGCUCGAGAAGCGUUACUAUGACUUUAUCAUGAGAAGUGGAGGCUGGUACUACAAAGAUCGACUGGGGCGCACCCGAGGUCCUUGUGAGUUAAUAACCCUCAAAACAGCUUGGGGUGCUGGGAUUAUUGAUAAACACACUUUUAUUUGGGGAGAGGACAUGGAUGAAUGGGCACCAAUUCAUAUGGUUUAUGGCUUGGAACCAGCAAUAGCCACUUGGGAAGUUAGGCUUGGUGCAGCAGCAACAGCUUUCCUUCACAAACUUCAGAAAGGUAUACCUCCUUGGGUUCCCCUUAAAGGACACGAGGAGAAAACUUAUAAGCAGCUUCAACAUGAAGCUAUAGAGAGCAAAAGACGUGAUUUGGCCGUUUUAAAAGCUAAUGAUGGCAUAUGGCCUGGUGUUAGAAUACCUAGCCAUGCCCUAUUUCUUUGGGCUGGUGGCUCUGAAAUGACAACUCUAUUGGAAGCUGAUUAUAUGCCAAAUAAAUACAUCUCAAAAGAUCUUCGGCAAAAGUUGGCUAAAGUUAUCCCUGGGUUAAGGCCAUGGGAAGUUUUAAGUGUUGAGCAAGCAAUGGAUGAGAUUACCUAUGGUGGAGAGUGGUAUCGUGAGCCUCUUGGUACCUACACAACUGGUCCUCCGUACAUUAGACAUUGGAAUAAGGAUGUCAAGAGAAUAUUCCGAAUCUUUUACAACCUUAGCAGCCAAGUUUUUAACAAACUAGACAGGACAGUUCCUGGUUUCAAUGCAAUAAUGGAGAAAGUACAGGCUGAUUCUGCUGCGAGGGAUGCUAGACGGAAGGAGAAAAGGGAAGCACAAAAGAAGGCUGAGGCGGAAGCUAUGUAUGGUCGAAGAGAGAAUGAUCCAUAGCGUAACUACCAUAUAAGGAAGUUAACUCUGAUUGGUAAGGUCUGACUUGACUUCCUGUAGGUUUUAUAUUGAUAACCAAUCAACCCCAUUGAAUUUGAUCUCAUAUAUCACCGAAAGGAGAUGGUUUCUGAUUCUUUUGAGAACGUAGGCAUAGUUUUCGUUUUAAAUGAUAUAUGGUGAUCAAUGUUGAACUCUUGUAGGGGAUACACUUGCUUUUUUGACAAUGUAUUGAUUCCAAUGCUGAUCAAUGAAGAUCCGACUUUUUGGAAUAUAGAA